AUGAUGUCUCUCAGGCCAUCAAAAAGCGCUCUGCGCUCCAUCCAGUUACAGAGACAAUUCACCGGUCGCCGCCCUUUCUCGACCUCCUUCGUCGCCUCCGCCGCGCCCCACCGCUCUUCUCCCCAGAAGCGUGCUCAGAGCACUGCAACCGCUACUUCGGCGACCUCCAGACCCGUUCCAAGCCCGGCUUUCAAUCAGGAACCCCAUCGUAAUGAAGUAUCACCGCUGCAGAACCGCUCGGUUCCCGACCUUGAUGACUCAAUGGUCGGGCUCAGCGGUGGUGAGAUUUUCCACGAGAUGAUGCUGCGUCUCGGGGUGAAGCAUAUCUUUGGCUACCCUGGUGGUGCUAUUCUUCCCGUCUUCGAUGCUAUCUACAACUCAAAACACUUCGAUUUCGUCCUUCCCAAGCACGAGCAAGGUGCCGGCCACAUGGCCGAGGGCUACGCUCGUGCGUCUGGCAAGCCCGGUGUCGUAUUGGUCACUUCCGGUCCUGGAGCAACCAAUGUGAUCACCCCCAUGCAGGAUGCCAUGUCCGAUGGUAUUCCCAUGGUCGUCUUCACUGGUCAAGUCGUGACGGGUGCCAUUGGAACUGAUGCCUUCCAAGAAGCCGACGUGGUCGGUAUCUCUCGUGCUUGUACCAAGUGGAACGUCAUGGUGAAGUCUGUUGGGGAACUUCCACGCCGUAUCCAGGAGGCCUUCGAGAUCGCCACCAGUGGCCGCCCUGGACCCGUCCUGGUCGACUUGCCCAAGGACGUGACCGCCGGUAUCCUCCGCAACCCCAUCCCGAUCCAGAGCUCGAUUCCCUCUCUCCCAAGCGCUGCUACCGUCGCCGCUCGCGAAAUGAGCCAGCGUUCUCUCGAUGCCACCAUCAGCCGCGUCGCCCGCCUCGUCAACAUGGCUCAAAAGCCCAUUCUCUACGUCGGCCAGGGUCUCCUCGCACGCCCAGAAGGUCCCCAAAUCUUGAAGGAGUUCGCCGACAAGGCCUGCAUUCCUGUGACUACUACUCUUCAAGGUCUUGGUGGAUAUGAUGAAUUGGAUCCCAAGUCUUUGCACAUGCUAGGUAUGCACGGCUCCGCCUAUGCCAACAUGGCGAUGCAAGAGUCCGAUUUGAUCAUUGCGGUUGGUGCUCGUUUUGAUGACCGUGUCACCCUCAGCAUUCCCAAGUUUGCCCCCCAGGCUAAGCUUGCUGCCUCCGAGGGCCGUGGUGGAAUUGUUCACUUCGAGAUCAUGCCCAAGAACAUCAACAAGGUCGUUCAGGCCACCGAGGCUGUUGAGGGCGACUGUGCUGACAACCUCCGUGCCCUUAUGCCCCACGUGAAGGCCGUCAGUGAGCGCCCUGAGUGGUUUGAGCAGAUCAACGACUGGAAGUCUCGCUUUCCUCUUUCUCUUUACGAGCAGCAGACCGAGGAGGGUCCCAUCAAGCCUCAGGCUGUCAUCGAGAAGCUUAGUGAUCUCACUGCAGACAUCAAGGACAAGACCAUUAUCACCACCGGCGUCGGUCAACAUCAGAUGUGGGCUGCUCAGCACUUCCGCUGGCGCCACCCCCGUACCAUGAUCACCUCCGGUGGUCUUGGUACGAUGGGUUUCGGUCUGCCUGCCGCCAUUGGCGCUAAAGUUGCCCGUCCCGACUGCCUCGUUGUGGACAUUGACGGCGAUGCUUCUUUCAACAUGACUUUGACUGAGCUGUCCACCGCCGCUCAGUUCGGUAUCGGUAUCAAGGUUCUUUUGCUGAACAAUGAGGAGCAGGGCAUGGUUACCCAAUGGCAAAAUCUGUUUUAUGAGGACCGCUACUCUCACACCCACCAGCAGAACCCUCACUUUGUUCCCCUUGCUGAAGCUAUGCGCGUCUCUGCUAAGCGCGUGUCCAAGGCUUCUGAGGUCGAGGAGAAGCUUAAGUGGCUGAUCGAGCACGAUGGGCCUGCUCUCCUUGAGGUCAUCACUGACCGUAAGGUCCCUGUUCUUCCUAUGGUGCCCGCUGGUCGUGGUCUCCACGAGUUCCUGGUUUACGAUGAAGCCAAGGAGAAGGAGCGCAAGGCCUUGAUGCGCGAGCGUAAUGUUGACUUCGAAGUUCGCCGUUAA